AUGGUCAAGAGCCAUGGACUGAGAGGCUGCUGUGCAAGAAAGAAGCACUUGCUCCAGAAAAGGCACCUUAAGACUCGGCUGAAGUUUGCUGCUGAUCACAUGGACGAAGAUAAAACCUUCUGGAGGAAAGUUCUGUGGUCAGACAAAACAAAAAUCGAGCUGUUUGGCCACAACACCCAGCAAUAUGUUUGGAGGAGAAAAGUUCUCAAUCGAGCCACUGUGACCCUGAACCCAAACUGGCCUCUGAUAUACAAAGGUGAGAAAGUUAUUCUCCAGUGUGAGAUCCCAGGAGGAGAAGGAAGAAAGUGGACCUUUGAAUGGAGACCAACCAGGUUAAAUGAACCUCAAACAUCCCAGGAAUACAUUAUCAUAACUUCAGCCAAAGAGUCUGAUAGUGGAUAAUACAGCUGCAGAGGAACAAGUGGAGAUGAAUCAACAGACUGGAGCGAUGUGGUCGUAUUAACUGUGUGUAACCGUGCUUCAUCCCGCCUCCUCCCCAUCUCCACCUUCAGCCCGACGAACAUCCUCCAGGCCCACUCUUCGUUUCUCCUCCAAGGCUCCGCUCCAUCACCAGGAUUCGGACCGGGGGCAAAGACUAUUUCCAAGCCGACUGCGAUCCUUCAACCCAGUGGGUCUGUUGUAUAUAGUGGAGAGAAAGUCACUCUGAGAUGUGAGAUCAAGGAAGGAGGAAGAACUCAGUGGACAUAUGAAUGGAGAACAAACAAUAGAAACAUUCAAAUAAGAUCCAGUGAAUACAGCAUCAAUAAAGUCUAUGAAUCUCACAGUGGAGUUUACAGCUGUAUGGCUACAGGAGAUCAUCAACAAACAGAAUGGAGUGAUGGCGUCACACUGACAGUGAAAUCAUAUAAACCCAGAGUCACACUGACAGCAGACAGAACAUUCAUACCACUAGAGGGCAGCACAACACUGACCUGCUCUGUGGACGGAUCUGAUGACUGGAAGUUUGAUUGUGUGAUCCAACAUCCCAAAUGGACCCAGAUAUACAAAGGUGAACAAGUUACUUUGACAUGUGAGAUCCAGGGAGGCAGAGGAGCUGAGUGGACGUACGAAUGGAGACCAGCCAAUGAAAACUCUCCAAUGACAAAUGAAUUGAGGAUUAUUCCAGCUGUCAGUGGAGAUUACAGCUGCAGAGCUGAAACAGAUGAUAAUAAAACAGAAUGGAGUGAAGCCCUCAGACUGACAGUGUCAACAGAUAAACCCAGAGCCACACUGACAGCAGACCCAACAAUCAUACCAGCAGGGGGCAGCAUAACACUGACCUGCUCUGUGGACGGAUCUGAUGACUGGAAGUUUGAUUGGUUCAGAGAUGAUCGACCAGUUCAGCUCAGUGGAACCAAUGAACAACAAAGUGACGUCAGUGUCUCAGAUGGAGGUGUCUACAGCUGCAGAGGACGAAGAGGAAAUCCAGUUUAUCAAACGGAAGAAAGCAACAUUCAGAAAAUUGUGUCUGCGCCGACUGUGAAGCAGCAUCCCAGCUGGCCUGUCGUAUUCACAGGAGAGACGGUCACUCUGAGAUGUGAGAUGGAGGACGAUGAAGGAACUCAGUGGACGUAUAAAUGGAGUCCAGCCAAUAGAAACUCUCCAACAUCCAAUGAAUACAGGAUCAACAGCGUCUCUGAGUCUGACACAGAUAAACCCAGAGCCACACUGACAGCAGACCCAACAACCAUACCAGCAGGGGGCAACACAACACUGACCUGCUCUGUGGACGGAUCUGAUGACUGGAAGUUUGAUUGGUUCAGAAAUAAUCGACCAGUUCAGCUCAGAGGAACCGAUGAACAACAAAGUGAUGUCAGUGUCUCAGAUGGAGGUGUCUACAGCUGCAGAGGAGGAAGAGGAAAUCCACUUUAUCAAACUAAAGAAAGCGAAGAAGUCUCUGUUCUAAAAACCGUUUCCAAGCCGACUGUGAUCCUUCAACCCAGUGGGUCUGUUGUAUAUAAAGGAGAGAAAGUCACUCUGAGAUUGUCUGUGCCGACUGUGAAGCAGCAUCCCAGCUGGCCUGUCAUAUUCACAGGAGAGACGGUCACUCUGAGAUGUGAGAUGGAGGACGAUGAAGGAACUCAGUGGACGUAUAAAUGGAGUCCAGCCAAUAGAAACUCUCCAACAUCCAAUGAAUACAGGAUCAACAGCGUCUCUGAGUCUGACACAGAUAAACCCAAAGCCACACUGACAGCAGACCCAACAACCAUACCAGCAGGGGGCAGCACAACACUGACCUGCUCUGUGGCUGGAUCUACUGGCUGGAAGUUUGAUUGGUUCAGAGAUGAAGAACCAGUUCAGCUCAGAGGAACCAAUGAACAACAAAGUGACGUCAGUGUCUCAGAUGGAGGUGUCUACAGCUGCAGAGGAGGAAGAGGAAAUCCAGUUUAUCAAACGGAAGAAAGCAAAAAAGUCUCUGUUCUAAAAACCGUUUUCAAGCCGACUGUGAUCCUUCAACCCAGUGGGUCUGUUGUAUAUAGAGGAGAGAAAGUCACUCUGAGAUGUGAGAUCAAGGAAGGAGGAAGAACUCAGUGGACAUAUGAAUGGAGAACAAACAAUAGAAACAUUCAAAUAAGAUCCAGUGAAUACAGCAUCAAUAAAGUCUCUGAAUAUCACAGUGGAGUUUACAGCUGUAUGGCUACAGGAGAUCAUCAACAAACAGAAUGGAGCGAUGGCGUCACACUGACAGUGAAACUUCCCAUCACACCAACUGUGAUCCAACAACCCAACUGGUCUCAGAUCUACAGAGGAGAGGAAAUCACUCUGAGAUGUGAGAUCCAGGAUGAUGAAGGAACUCAGUGGACGUAUGAAUGGAUUACAACCAAUAGAAACUCUCCAACAUCCAGCAAAUCCAUGAUCACUGCUUAUAGCAGUGGAGAUUAUAAAUGCAGAGGAAGAAGAGACGGUUUCACCAUAACAAAGUGGGGAGUCAUCACAUUAACAGUGUCCUCGUCUCCCCCUCAGCCUGUCCUCUCUGUGUCUCCAUCAUGGCUGAAUCCUGGAGCCUCAGUGACUCUGAACUGUGAGGGUUUGGAGCUUCAAUCAGCAGGAUGGAGGUUCUUCUGUAAAACUGUUCCAAACCCAAUCAGCAGUUCCUACAGCUUUGAGCUGCUGCCUAACACCAUCAAUGGGUCUGAGCAGAACUCCUUCAUCAUUAAUGGACCGACUCAAACAGCAGGAUAUCAGUGCAGAGCAGGAAGAGGAGAACCAAAGUUUUACACUAAUUACAGUGAAGUAAAGUUUAUCUGGUCUGCAGACUCUCAUCCAGCAGCUUCUCUCUCAGUGAGUCCUGACAGAGUUCAACAUUUCAUUUAUCAGUCUGUCACACUGAACUGCACUGGGAACAACACCAAGUGGAGAGUGAAGAGGUUUACAGAAUCAACCAGUCUAUCAUAUGUUCAGUGCUUCAACUGGGGGAGGAUGCCUGAAUCCUCAUGUACCAUUAAGAGACUGAAGGUUCACAGUGGAGUUUACUGGUGUGAGUCUGGAUCAGGAGAAUUCAGCAAUGCAGUCAACAUCACUGUACAAAAUGAUUAUGAUGAUCGUGUUAUCCUGGUGAGCCCUGUUCAUCCUGUGACUGAGGGAGAUCCCGUGACUCUGAGCUGCAGAAAUAAACAACAACAGUUUCUCUCCAAUGUGUUUUUCUAUCAUAAUGAUAAACUCAUCAAUAAUGACAGCAGAGAGGAGCUGAAGAUCUCUGCAGUGUCAAAGUCAGAUGAAGGUUUCUACAAAUGUAAACAUUCAGGAAAAGAGUCACUAAAGAGCUGGAUGUCUGUUAGAGGAACUGUGUCCAGUCCUGUUCCCUCCUCGUCUCCUUUACUGCUGAUCAUUGGACCCAUUAGUGGAAUCAUUCUGAUUAUUUUCCUGCUCUUAUUGUGGCGCUACAAGCAGCACAAAGAUUUAUGCUCUUUCAGAUCAGAAAAAAACAGUCAGAGAUCGACCAUCAAUCAAGGAGCGGAGAAUGAGUUCAGUGUCAGUAGCUCUGCUACUCCAGCUGAACCCAGUGAAGUAACGUACACCGCCAUUAAAUUCAAAAAGCUCCGAAAAAAGAGAAAACCCCGUAAACCUGAGGAGCCCGUUAUUUACGCAGAAGUGAACACAAGUGCUGCAGAACUCGCUCCAACGUACGCUGAAAUCAAUAAGAACAGAGCCAAGCGAAACAGGAGAGAAAAACCUGCAGCAACAGAUGAAUCAGUUUAUUCUGAAAUCAAAUCAGGGGCAACUCUGGAAGGUGAAUCUGCCUUUUAGCACACCAUGCAAACUUAGAUGUUUGU